UAAAUAACUCAUUGUUUACACAGCGGUGUUCCGCCUCGCAUUGUUUUUUCGCUGAUAUAAUGCAUAAAGAAAGCUUGCAAUAUUAAAGCUUCGAUAGUCAGCUGAUAAGCGCCCACGCAUUCAGACGGGGAAGCGUCAGAGUAAACAAAAUAAUUUUGUCAAAUUUAAAGACAAAAAAAAAAACACCCAACCAAGGUCAGCCACAGAUAUAGAACUUUUCGUUCGCGCGACCACAAGACCAACCUAUUACUUGUCUACACCACUGACAUAUAUAAGUGUUUGGUUCGGGAAACACAAACAUCGGGAUAUAGUCGCGACACUAAUUCGCUUAACCACUAAAACAAUUGCAGAUACCGCUGAAUCAAAAGCUUCACACGAGCGAGUUUCCAUCGGUGCUGUGUCAGCGACAAUUUUUCCAUAUCGCCAUUCGCACUGUUCACGGUCACACGUCGCUGUUCUUGGACAGAAAAACGGAGGAAAAUGGGCUGUGAAGAUCAACAAAAUACUCCAAAGUCAAGCCUGCGCAUACAGGACAUUGCCGUCCUGAUGCAGGAUCACUGCCGCAUGCUAGAUCCCGCCAAGGUGGAGCGCAUCAUCAAUGAGUUCGUGCAGGGCGGACCAGAGCGCAUGCAACUCGUGUCGGACUUUGACUAUACAAUCACCAAACAACGCACAGAGGACGGCAGUGUGGUGCCAUCCAGUUUUGGCAUCUUCAACGCCUGCCAGUCGCUGCCGGAAAGCUUCAAAACGGAGUCGGACAAGCUAUACCACAAGUACAGGCCAAUUGAAAUCGAUCCGCACAUGCCUAUUCCCGAGAAGGUCCAAUACAUGGUGGAGUGGUGGACCAAGUCGGGUGCACUGGCCACCGGCUUCCCUUUCGAUCAGUCGGAGAUUGAUCAGAUAGCCAGCAAAUAUAAGAAUGCACUACGUGAACGGACUCACGAAUUCUUUGCCGAUCUACAGCGCUUGGCCAUUCCCACCUUGGUCUUCUCCGCCGGACUGGGCAACUCUGUGGUCUCCGUGCUGCGCCAGGCAAACGUGAUGCAUCCCAAUGUCAAGGUGGUGUCGAAUUUUCUGCAAUUUCGGAAUGGACUUCUGGACGGUUUCCAGCAGCCCAUGAUACACACCUUCAACAAGAACGAAACUGUCCUGGACGGCAGUGAGUAUUACAACCUGGUGCACACACGUGAUCACAUCAUCGUGAUGGGAGAUUCGCUUGGGGACGCUGACAUGGCAUCCGGUGUGCCCGCAUCUUCACACAUCAUCAAAAUUGGUUUCCUCUUCGAUCACGUGGAGGCCAACAUGGAUAAGUACAUGAAGACAUUCGACAUCGUCCUGGUGGAUGAUCAGACGAUGGAUGUGCCCCGGGCUCUGCUCGCUCUUAUCGAAAAGCAGCACCAGCUGAAACAACAAUCCACAGCGGAGAGCUCCCUGUGAAACCUCCGCACCAACAGACGUUCUCCUUCUGUUUAGUACUCAAAAGCCGUUCCUGCUUUCUCAUUAGCAGGAAUAGGUGCUACAUUUUAUUAGCAAACACAAACACACAGCAGAAGCUACUAAUUAAGUGGUUUAGUUUUAACCAUUUCAUUCAUGUUAACAGAAUGUAUUAUUCAUACCAUAUUAAAUGACAACGUUGUGUUUGAAA